AUGAUUUCUAUUUUAUCUAAAGUUUCUUUGAACCUUUCUUUUUUAGAUUUAAAAAUGCCAAACGAGAUCUACGACAAUCCUAGUAUUAUUGCGAAGAUGAAUUCGCCUAAAAAAGCUUCACCGAAAGGCCAGUCGACUGCAAGUCCAGUGGCCUCAGAGUACGUUGUGGGAUUGGUUGAGGAGUUACGUGCUGAAAACGUCAAACUCAAAGCGGAGAAUGCUGCCUUAAAUCGGGCAGCUCAAACGGUUCAAGGUAAUGCUAUGCCGCCUUCAAGUAAAAUUUCUUUUGUAAAACAAAAAACUUUUUUAAAUUUAAAUGCUUUUGCCAAAAAUGUUGCAAAGAAGGGAAAAAAUGAAGUGAUGUUAUCAAAUGAAGGGAUGUUAAAAAUGUUAAUCAAAAGAUGA